AUGGCGGCCGUCGAGAAAGCGCUUGAGCUGCUGCGGCAGCGCGCAGGCGGCUGCAUCUGUGUGGAGGUGCCUCGCCAGAUAGUCCCGUACCUGAUCGGGCGUGGCGGUGCCGCACGUCGUGCGCUGGAGGCAGAGAGCGGGGCCUAUAUCUCCGUGCGCGCCAACAACGACCCGGUGCUGUUCGAGGCUGCCGGCCCUCCUGCCGCGGUUGCGCUCGCGAGGCAGCUGCUGGAGGAGCUGCUGCAGCGCCACUGUCCAGAGGCCCCUGGUGCUGCCGGGUCCAGCGCCGAAGCCUCCGCUGCCCCCGCCGCCGUGGAGCAGGACGGGGCGCCGUCCCCGCGCAUCGUGCCGCCCCCGCUGCGGGAGCCACCGCCGCGCCCCGCGGCGCCCCCCGAGGCGCCGCAGGCCGACGGCCCGCUGGCACGCACGCCGCCACGGCGGCCCGGGCAGCUGCCAGCACGGCUGACGGUGGAGUCCACUGCCGCGGGCGCCACGCUGCCCUGGUCCUGGACUCUGCCCCUCGAGCUGGACACGCCACGGGGCGGCGCGGCGCGGGGCGCGCCACUGCUGCCCGCGCAGUUGCCCCUGGAGGCUGCCGCGGCGGCCGCCCGCCCGGCAGCGCCCGUCCGCAGCGCGGAGAGGGCGUCACUGCCUCCGCGGUUGGAAGCGCCAACUGCAGGCGGCUCUGCGACAGCCUUCGGCGCAAGCGGCCCAGAUGGCCCCGCCGAGUGGGCUGAUGAGAAGGCGGCGGGCGCCCCCAGUUCUCCCGAGAAGGUCUCCCCGGCAGUGGCGCCUCGGCUGAGGCCAGCGCACAGGGCCUCGCUCCCCGCGGGCCUCCUCGAGAGGCGGGGCGGCGACGGCCCGCUGCUCGAGGGGAAGGAGGUCCCGGAGCGCAUGAAGCUCGGCUGCAGGGCUCCAGUGCCCUGGACUUGGACCCUGCCGCUGGAGGUCCAGAGCCCCCGCCGCCGGGACGCUGUCGCCGACGCCUCCGGCGAGGCCUCGGGGCUCGCUCGCGGCGCGCGCGAGGCGUCGGAGGAUGCCCCGCCCUGCGAGGCGCCGCCCGCUGCAGCUGGCGAGCAGAAGGCCGCGGCAGCGGGGCGGAGUGCGCCCGACGCGCCGAGUCCCGAGAUCGAGGCGGCACCGGUGCCAGUGCAGCCCGCUGGCGGCACGGCGGCAGUGCCAGCCCCCGCGCAGGCUUGCCUGGAGGGCGCUGCGGCGGCGCCUCGCCGUGCUGCGCCGGAGCGCGCCGCGGCGACGAGAGCGUCGCUGCCUCUGCGGCUGGAGGCGCGCGCUGCGGGCGGCGCGGCGGCGCCGCACGGCGGCGGCGGCGCCCAGGACCCGGUGGGCACCGGAGGAGCCCCCGAGGAGGCCAAGCCGAGGGCCGCGGACGCUCGCGGGUGCCCCGAGGAGGCCUCCCCGGCAGGGGCGCCUCGGCCGAGGCCUGCGCACCGGGCCUCGCUCCCCGCGGGCCUCCUCGAGAGGCGGGGCGGCGACGGCCCGCUGCUCGAGGGGAAGGAGGUCCCGGAGCGCAUGAAGCUCGGCUGCAGGGCUCCAGUGCCCUGGACUUGGACCCUGCCGCUGGAGGUCCAGAGCCCUCGUCGCCGGGACGCUGCCGCCGACGCCUCCGGCGAGGCCUCGGGGCUCGCUCGCGGCGCGCGCGAGGCGUCGGAGGAUGCCCCGCCCUGCGAGGCGCCGCCCGCUGCAGCUGGCGAGCAGAAGGCCGCGGCAGCGGGGCGGAGUGCGCCCGACGCGCCGAGUCCCGAGACCGAGGCGGCAGCGGUGCCAGUGCAGCCCGCUGGCGGCACGGUGGCCCCUGAGAGGGAGGCCAGCGGCCUGGUCGGAACGCCAACGCGGCCGCCAGGCUCCAAGCGACGCGGGCCCUCCUCGCCGCGCUCCGCGAGCAUCCCGCAGCACUCGCCAGCGGCCGCAAAACCCUCCCCGUGGGCGUGGGCGCUGCCUCUUCCGAUCGGCAGCCCUUGCCCCUCGCGCAAGCGCCGGGCGGGCUCGCUCGAGGAGCGGGCACCCCGGGGAGGCUCGCCAGACCGCGCUCCGCGCGGCGACGGGGCAUCCGCACAGGCGGGAGCAGACCCCCCCCGGCUCGAGGGCCGGCCCGCAGGCGGGCCACCCGGGCAGCGCGCCGAGCGCCCCGCGGGGGGCCCUCCCGACGCGGGCGCCGAGCAGCCCCGCGCGUGCGAGGACGGCGGCGGCGCGACCGCGGCGGGCCAGCCCAGCCAGCCGCCCAGCGGUGCCCCGCCGGGGGCCGGUUCAGGUUCUGGCGACUCCACUGCGGCAUGCGCGUCGGGCAGCCCAGAGGCGACCGCAGAACACGGCGGCGGAGAUGCAGCGGCCCUGGACUGCGCGGAGUUGGAGUCCCCACGGGCGGCGCUGGAGAAUUUCGACAUCAGCUUCCAGGGGCUUCCGCCGCUGCUGCCAGCCGGAAUUGCUUUCCCGCGCGCGUGGACCCGCCCCACGGUGGCGUGUGCCAGUGGAAGUCCAGGCGCUACGGAAGCUUUGGCUGGUUGUGCGCUGCCGGACUCGGAAGCCCGAUUGGGACUGCCUCCAGCGGCCACCGAGCAGGCCAGCCAGCCGAUGCCACCGCAGUGCGCUGCGGAGGGCGACCGCUCGGAGGGCACCACCGCCGCCGCCGCUGGCGACGGCCGCUCGCGCUCCCCCGCGAGGCCCGCGGACGGAAGCAGGCUGCAGCGGAUGUCCUGCAGCCUCCCGCCGCACGGCUCGGGGCGGGCGCGGGGCUCCCCCCCCCGCGCCCCGCCGGCGCGCAGCUCGCUGCCGGCCCCGCGGCAGUGCCCGCGGGCCCCGGGGGCCCCGCCGCCCCAGAAGAGCGCGUCCGCGCCGCCCGCGCCGCUCUUCGCCGCCGCCGGCCUGGGGGCGCCGCCGUGGUCGCUGCUGCCGACGCCGGCCCGGGCGGCAGGCGGCCCCGCCGUCCCAGGUGCGGCCCCGUCGGCCGAGGGGGCGUUGGGCCGUCGUGGGGGCCGCUCACGCUCGCGGUCGCGCGCCCGGAGCCAGGUGCGCGGGGGCACGCUCUACAUCCUUGACGGCCUCAACAUCCUCAGGCACCGCAACAGCUGUGCCUCGGACGCGGCCGAGAUGGCCCUGGAGUGGGACCAGCUCGAGAGCGCCUGCAGGUACUACACGUCCAGGGGCUGCCAGAUCUCCAUCUACUUGCCUCCGCUUCGGGACGGGUGCGAGGACUUCCGCAUCGAGCGCUGCCGCCGGGAGUUCGGAGACGUCUUCGUCGUGUGCAAGGGCGUCGCCGGCAUGGACGACAAGUUCAUGAUCAAUACGGCGAAGUGCAUGGACGAUGAGGUGCGCGCUGAGGGUGCCGAGGGAGAUCCAGCGGGGCCGCAGCGGUCACCGCCGCCGCCGUGCUGCAUCGUCACGAACGACCGCUUCGAAGACUGGCGGCAGGCUGGACACGUGGACGCCGCUUGGGUGGAGCGCCACUGCGUUCGCUUUGCCUUCGGGCCAGGCGGUCGCUUCGUACCGAGUGAGCUCGUGUGA